UAUCUUGAUAAUAUUUUUUUUUUUGAUUAUUAUAAUUUUUGUUUGUAUUUUUUCUAUGUGUUGUUGUUGAUUUGAUUCAAAAUUGAGAUUAGGUUUUUCACUAUCACUGAAUCAGUAGCUGGAAAAAAAAAACUGGAUCGGGGUUAAUUCAUGAGUUUAACCACUUAUUUUGUUUAAUCACUUUUUUCUUAUUGAUUAUUCUUUGACAAAGUGGAAAAAUGUUUGGUAUGGAAGGGUAUUUUUGUCAUUUGCAUCUGUCAAAGUCUUGUUGGGAGUAGAUUUGAUUUGGUGUGCCACGUUGUUUACGUCUUUCCUUUUCUAUCAGGACUGUGGUAUGGUGAAAAGACUGAAUUGACCCUCCACUAGUUCUGUCUUUGACUCUGACUAUCAUUUCAUUGUUUUUCUCUGUUUUUUGAAUUUGCCAAUGAUAUUACAGUCUUUUUGAAUCUUUCAUGGAAGGUGCUUUGCAAUGGGAACCAGUGAGGAAGAGAAAUCUACCAAAACUGAAAAGCCUUCUUCACCUGUAACAGUUGAUCAGACCAAUCAAACAAACCCGGCGAAUGUUCAUGUCUAUCCUGAUUGGGCAACCAUGCAGGCAUAUUAUGGACCAAGAGUUGCCAUGCCACAAUACUACAACUCCGCUGUGGCUUCUGGUCACACUCCUCACCCAUACAUGUGGGGGCCACCACAGACUAUGAUGCAACCUUAUGGACAUCCUUAUGCAGCAAUGUAUCCACAUGGAGGGGUUUAUACUCACCCCGCAGUUCCUAUUGGGCCACACCCACAUGGUCAAGGAAUUUCAUCUUCACCUGCUACCGGGACUCCUUUAAGCUUAGAGACACCUACCAAAUCAUCUGGAAAUACCGAUCAGGGUCUGAUGAAGAAAUUAAAAGGAUUUGAUGGACUUGCGAUGUCAAUAGGAAAUGGCCAUGCUGAGAGUGCAGAGCCUGGAGCUGAAAGUAGGCUAUCACACAGUGUGGAUACUGAUGGUUCGAGUGAUGGAAGUGACGGCAACACUUCAGGGGCUAAUCAAACAAGGAAAAGAAGCCGUGAGGGAACACCGACUACCGACGGAGAAGAGAAAACUCAAACACAAGGAAGUGAUGUUUCCAAAGAAAUUAUAGCUUCUAACAAGAUGAUGGCAGUUGCCCCUGUCGGUGUAGCAGGACAACUAGUUGGACCUGUAGUUUCUUCUGCAAUGACCACUGCACUGGAGCUGAGAAAGCCUUCCAUUGUUCAUUCUAAAACAAAUCCUGCCGCAGAAGGUUGGUUACAGAAUGAGCGUGAACUGAAGCGUGAGAGGAGGAAACAAUCAAAUCGAGAAUCUGCUAGAAGGUCCAGACUAAGGAAGCAGGCUGAGGCCGAAGAGCUGGCACGAAAAGUUGAUGCCUUGAAUGCUGAGAGUGCAUCGCUUAAAUCAGAAAUAAAUCGACUGACCGAGAGUUCUGAAAAACUUAAGAUGGAAAAUGCUGCACUAAGGGAAAAAUUUAAAAUUGCUCAACUGGGACAACCAAAAGAGAUAAUUUUGACCAACAUUGACAGCCAGGCCCAGAGGAUUACACCUGUAAGUACAGAAAACUUAUUAUCAAGAGUUAAUAAUAAUUCGGGUUCGAAUGAUAGAACUGUGGAAGAUGAGAAUGGUUACUGUGACAACAAACCAAAUAAUGGUGCAAAACUGCAUCAACUACUGGAUACAAGUCCUAGAGCUGAUGCUGUGGCUGCUGGUUGAUACAAGAAAAAAACCAUGAUCAUGUAGUUUUGGCAUAUUACAAACCCAAAACUACUGCUAACAGUUUUUCUGAGGGAUGGAUCAGCUGAAUUUUAGUAUCUAAAUCCAUCAAAACCAGAACUAAUUCAUUGCUCAUCAUGGGUUUACUUAGGACAAAAAACUAUUUAUUAUAUUUAGAUUUGACAAAUAUGGAUAUGGUUACUAAAAUUUGUAUAAUGAAGAGAAUUAGAGAUUUUAGUUUAGAGAGGGAUGUUGAAAUCGUUUCAUAAUAUGGUGUGUAUUAAUAAUUGGUGUGCCCCUUAUAAUGGUAUUUGAUAAAGUUAUGGUUUUU